AUAGCUGGCUGCCUCCCUGCCACCUGUUCGCGUUCACUUUCAGUGGUAGUUUGAUGCCACAAACCAUCGGUGCAUUUUUUUUCCUUUUCAAACGUCCAGUUACAUUGAGCACUUUAUAUUUUUAAAUUAUAUUGUAUACUCGCUAUCUUACAUGACUGAGUACGGCGGCAUUUGCGUUGCUAACUUUGGUUAGCAGAAAUUGUGAAUUUGCGACCAACAAUAUGGAACGUGGACUAGCUUGUGAGGAGGCGAUGAGUGUAAACCAGCCGGACUCUGCAGUGAAGAGUGCGAGUGACGCCGAUACUUCAAGGUGCAACAAAGAAGCAUGUCAACCGUGCGCCCUCCCUAGAAUCUUCCCUGGAUCAGGCAGGUUCCAUGCACACAAGACUUUGGAGGACAAAAGGCUGACUCCAAAUAAAAGUGAAGACUCUAGGUUGAAACUGCCUCCAAUCCGUGAGGUGAAGACCUGUCAACUGGCUGCUAGGCACAGCCUCAAUGAUCUCAAAAACAAAAACGGGGACCUGCAGCUGCAGCUGAUUGUGGUCAAGACGGAGACCAGACUGCUGAAGAAUGUUUUGCACCGCCACUCGGCUGCCCUGCAGCAAUAUCAACACUUGGAGGGCAGCAUUUGUGAGAUACAAGAUAAUCACCUAAGUGAGGUCAAGGCCGUGCGGAAGAUUCUGGGAGAGACGCGCACCAGCUGCGAUGUUCUGGGAAAGAAGCUGCAGUUCGCUGAGAAAGAGCUGUUCGACUCUCGGGAAAAGAUCCAGCAGCUUGAAUCGCAGAUCUUGCAGAACCCUUCUUUGCUGGAGAAGGAAGCACUAAGCCACCAGUUGGAAGAAGCCACCGAAGAGCUGAAGGAGAAGGACAAGAGGAUAUGGUAUUUGGAGAGGAGUAACAAGUUACUGCAGUGCACGCUCCACCGCCAUGUAGCAGCAGAGCAGAGAAAGAUAUGCAGGAGCAAUGAGCUUUUUUACUGUCUGCAAGCACAAGUGUAUGAUUUAUCCCAAAAAAUUGAAGAGCGAAAGAGGGAGGUGAGAAAUCACAACCUUUCAGCUCUGAGAUUCCAAAUUGUCACGGACAAAAAAGACACAAAAAAUAAGAUGAUCCAGACUGAUGAAAUUGUCUCUGCAUCCAAUGAGGCUGACAGUUGGCUCAAUUUCGGCCAUUCUGAACCAGACGACGAUCAGAGCUCAUCCAGCACAGAUAACGUACCACAGAGGUCGUUACCAGUUAAAUACUUUAAGAGGGAUGCACCACGCACUCGGAAGCUUACAGACUUGAAGGAACCCUGUGAUCCUCCAAUCGUGGGAGACUAUUUUGAUGGAAAGGACAUAUCAGAUGCUUCACAGGGGUCCGAGGAAGCGGACGAAGAGGAGGACCGGACGAACCAACAUAAAUGCACAGGCUCCUGCAGAUUUGCUCAGUCUGUCAUUGCAACUCUGUCCAAUGAUGGGAAAAAAGUACACAAAAGCAGCCAGUUUAGACGGAAGUACGUAUACUCUGCGGCAACUGAGAACCUGCAUAUGGGGAAGCCGGCCUACAGCAAUUUGGACCAGCGGGGGUCUUCCAAAGAUGCAGUAGAGACACUCGGUGGUCAGAGUCGCACACAACCACCAGCUGAAGAAUUGGGACUAAAUGCAGAUGAGGAAGACGGCCAUCCUACAUUGUCAGAUGACAUUUCUAGUCAUUUUAGCCAUCAUCCAUACUUUAAUGGAUCCCACCUAUAAGCUUAAACAGACCAAUGUCUCGGUAUGACUGAAUAAAAUGCUUUGACAUGACAACGAAACACAAUUAUUUUU